UCCUCUGAGUGGCUGUGGCUUUAGCGGUGGGAGGGGUCAUUAUUUGGCAGGGAGCGGCGAACAGGGUAUCAUUUCCUAGAUACCGACAGCCGCGCGUGCCGUUCACCCAUUCAGAUUCAGCACUAUUCUAAAGGAAAGCGCACGGAUUUAGGCUAUUCAGCUGAAGGACCGAGACCGAGAAGGCAGUAUCUUUUGGGAAUACAGAGUCAAAAUAUUAAUCUUGCGUGAUUUUUUGGAAUAAAAGGGCUGUCAUCAAACAAGAGACCAUGACCACCACGACGUCCCCCAUCCUGUUGAAAUGGGACCCCAAGAGUCUGGAGAUCCGCACCCUGACCGUGGAGCGCCUUCUGGAGCCCCUGGUUACACAGGUGACCACCCUAGUGAACACCAGUAACAAAGGGCCCAGUGGCAAGAAGAAGGGACGGUCUAAGAAGGCCCACGUACUGGCUGUGUCUGUGGAGCAGGCCACGCAGAACUUCCUGGAGAAGGGUGAGCAGAUUGCCAAGGACAGCCAUGACCUGAAGGAGGAGCUGAUCCUUGCUGUGGAGGAUGUCCGCAAACAAGGUGACUCGAUGCGCGUGGCCUCUCAGGAGUUCGCCGACGACCCGUGCUCCUCUGUGAAGCGCGGCACCAUGGUGAGGGCCGCCCGCGCCCUGCUCUCCGCUGUCACUCGGCUGCUCAUCCUCGCUGACAUGGCCGACGUCAUGAGGCUCCUGGCCCACCUUAAAAUUGUGGAAGAGGCCCUGGAAGCAGUGAAGAAUGCUACCAAUGAGCAGGACCUGGCCAACCGCUUCAAGGAGUUUGGCAAAGAGAUGGUGAAGCUCAACUAUGUGGCCGCCCGCAGACAGCAGGAGCUGAAAGACCCCCAGUGCCGGGAUGAGAUGGCGGCGGCACGUGGCGCCCUGAAGAAGAACGCCACCAUGCUGUAUACGGCCUCUCAGGCCUUCCUUCGCCACCCGGAUGUGGCGGCCACUCGCGCCAACCGCGACUAUGUCUUCAAGCAGGUGCAGGAGGCCAUCGGAAGCAUCAGCAGUGCUGCCCAGGCUACCUCGCCCGGUGACGAGAAGCACGGACACGCUGGCAUCGGGGAGCUGGCCGCUGCCCUGAACGAGUUUGAUAACAAGAUCAUCCUGGACCCGCUGACUUUCAGCGAGGCUCGUUUCCGUCCUUCUCUGGAGGAGCGCCUGGAGAGCAUCAUCAGCGGCGCCGCCCUCAUGGCCGACUCGUCCUGCACCCGAGACGACCGCCGCGAGCGCAUCGUGGCCGAGUGCAACGCCGUCCGGCAGGCCCUGCAAGACCUGCUGAGCGAGUACAUGAACAAUACUGGCAGGAAAGAGAAGGGAGACCCCCUGAACUCUGCCAUUGACAAGAUGACCAAGAAGACCCGGGAUCUGCGCAGACAGUUGAGGAAGGCGGUGAUGGACCACAUCUCCGACUCAUUCCUGGAGACCAAUGUUCCCCUGCUGGUGCUCAUUGAGGCGGCCAAGAGCGGCAACGAGAAGGAGGUCAAGGAGUACGCGCAGGUGUUCCGCGAGCACGCCAACAAGCUGGUAGAGGUUGCUAACCUGGCCUGCUCCAUCUCCAACAAUGAAGAGGGAGUGAAGCUAGUCCGCAUGGCUGCUACUCAGAUCGACAGCCUCUGCCCCCAGGUGAUCAACGCAGCCCUCACCCUGGCCGCCCGGCCCCAGAGCAAGGUUGCCCAAGACAACAUGGACGUGUUCAAGGACCAAUGGGAGAAGCAGGUGCGCAUCCUCACCGAGGCCGUCGACGACAUCACUUCCGUGGAUGACUUCUUGUCCGUCUCAGAGAAUCACAUACUGGAGGACGUCAACAAGUGUGUGAUCGCCCUUCAGGAGGGCGACGUAGACACCCUGGACCGCACGGCAGGCGCCAUCAGGGGUCGGGCGGCCCGCGUCGUUCACAUCAUCAACGCAGAGAUGGAGAAUUAUGAGCCUGGUGUUUACACUGAACGCGUGCUGGAGUCCAUCAAGCUCCUCUCAGAGACAGUCAUGCCUCGUUUUGCAGAGCAAGUGGAGGUGGCCAUUGAGGCACUGAGUACAAACCCCCCGCAGCCUUUUGAGGAGAACGAGUUCAUCGACGCAUCCCGUCUGGUCUACGACGGCGUCCGUGACAUCCGGAAAGCUGUCCUCAUGAUCAGGACACCUGAGGAGCUGGAGGAUGACUCUGAUUUUGAGCAGGAGGACUACGACGCUCGCAGCAGGACCAGUGUCCAGACAGAGGAUGACCAGCUCAUUGCCGGACAGAGCGCCAGGGCCAUCAUGGCCCAGCUGCCUCAAGAGGAGAAGGCCAAGAUUGCCGAGCAGGUGGAGAGCUUCCGGCAGGAGAAGUGCAAGUUGGACGCCGAGGUGGCCAAGUGGGACGACAAUGGCAACGACAUCAUCGUCCUGGCCAAGCAGAUGUGCAUGAUCAUGAUGGAGAUGACAGACUUUACCAGAGGCAAAGGUCCCCUGAAGAACUCCUCUGAUGUCAUCAACGCUGCUAAGAAGAUUGCAGAGGCCGGUUCCAGGAUGGACAAGCUGGCUCGCGCCGUCGCAGACCAGUGCCCGGAUUCAGCCUGCAAGCAGGACCUACUGGCCUACCUGCAGAGAAUCGCCCUGUACUGUCACCAGCUCAACAUCUGCAGCAAGGUCAAGGCCGAGGUGCAGAACCUGGGAGGGGAGCUCAUCGUCUCUGGGCUGGACAGCGCCACUUCCCUAAUCCAGGCGGCCAAGAACUUGAUGAACGCCGUUGUGCUCACAGUCAAGGCCAGUUACGUGGCAUCGACCAAAUACGCCAAGGUGUACGGCGCCGCCGCCGUCAACUCGCCCGUGGUCAGCUGGCGCAUGAAGGCGCCCGAGAAGAAGCCCUUGGUCAAGCGGGAGAAACCAGAAGAGUGCCAGACUCGCGUCCGACGGGGAUCGCAGAAGAAGCACAUCUCGCCCGUCCAGGCCCUGAGCGAGUUCAAGGCGAUGGACUCCUUCUAAAGACGGCCACCCCACAUCGUAUGUCACCGAAACCAAGAAUCCACACAGACAACGAGAAGUUUAAGAAACCUUCCUUUCCUUUUGUUCAUUUGUUUCUUUAGGUGAGCUAAGCUAUAUCGAUACCAACGCCUCCUCUUUACCCCUUUUAACCAAAGGGUCGAUGUGAAAACCUAUGAGGACUUUGCUAAUGCACCACCUUUACAGAGUUAAUGCUCCCAUGAACACUUUGGGCUUCUUGGCCAAUGGGGAGCCAGUGUGCCCUUACCACUAUUUAUUAAUAUUAUUAUUACUGUAGCUUAACCGCGUGCAGGCCAAAUGUGUGACACUAAAAACAGGAACAACUUACAAAAAGGGAAUAAAAAUGAAAACUUAUCAGAAGAGCAGCAUCACAAUGACUAAAAGCGGCUGUCGAGAUUGCCCAAUUCCUUGUGUAAAGCUAUAUCAUUACUGUUGUGCUAUUAACUGGCUGCUCAUACAGACAUUUACAUUCUGAAUGGAGAUAAUGAAUGGUGCAGUUGAAAAACUACUGUAAUAAGAGGUUCAAUCUAUCAAGGUUGAUACACAGGGUGACAUUUUUAAGGUGCAAAAUAGCUCAGGUUUGUGCAAAGCGACAGUAUACCUGAAUAUAAUCAUGAAGGGUGACUCAUUUUGAAAACUUUUCUUCAACAGUGUUCAUUAUAAGAUUGAACUAAGUUGGAAUGAACACAUGUGAAAAACACACUGCAUGAAUAUAAAGAUGUUUACGGUAUUGCCCCUGCAGGUUUUUUUGCACCAGAAACAAUGUCACCCUUAUUUACCUAAGUUAAUAUAUUUUUUAUUUUGGUUUGAAUGUUACCUUACCUGUAAAGCUAGGAAUAAUGUAUGUUUAAGAUUACUGAAAGUGUUUGGCAUCCGAGUCAUUUUGUUUCCUUGUUCCCUCCCAAUUAUGGAAAAUAACCCCAUGCUGGUGUUCCUGAAUGAAGCACACACUUUAUGGUCCUAUGGUAUUGCCUUUAAAAAAACAUUGAUUUAAUGACAAUGAUAUCAGUAACCAUUGCAGCCUGGUUGGAUUCAUGUGUAGAGUGUAAUUGUAGACACGGAGAGGUGUGACUAGUUGUGGUUUGCUCAGAGAAUAAUAGAGGGUCUCCAUACAUCCAUGCACACAUUCAUACACACAAUUACCUUUAUAUUCACUGUUCUCUAAUAAACCCCUGAACUUGA